CUUCUCUCUCCUCCCUUCCUCCCUCACUACCUGACUCCCACCCUCCUUCUCCCUCACCGCCUGUCCUGAACACUGACAAAGUAUUUUUGUAGCUGCAUCACCUCUCUGCUCCUCUCCCUUCUCUUCUGUUCUUUCUCUUUCACUUCUUUGUGUCCCCGGACUUUUGUUGCCAAAAUGUACCGGAAUCCCUGGAUCUCGAAUUACCUGACCCAUGUGAAGUUUUGCAGCCAAGGACUCGGGAGUGAGACCCCCGUUAAAGCCAGUAAUCCCAGGCUUCUACAGAAGAGAGCGCUGAGCUUCCCGAAGGAAUUUUCCUAUGAGGAAAAAGACGAUCCGGCCAAAAACACCAAGGAUAUAGAUGUUAGUCUUCCCGCCAGUCUCCCCAAAGUGUCUGAGUUAAGAAAACGUUUUGAAGGCAUUCCCACAAGUACAAGUGACUGGGAAAUGAACAGAAAGGAGCGCAUUGCUCGAAGACUGGAGGGCAUUGAUGGGGAAGUUCAUCAGUCCCUGCUGCCCAACUUGGUGGCCAAUCGGCUUUUGGAAGAAGACACGCCACGUUACACCAGGGCGUCCGACCUCUGCGAGUCUCAUGCUGUGACAGUUCAGCGGUAUGGUAUGGAAGGCUUUGAGAACCCAGACCUGCCUGUGAAGUUUCCUGUUAGGGAGUCCAGAGGUCAGUUCAGGCCUGACACUCAGUCCUCCAUGCUCACCGAGCCAGUUCACAGUUCACUACCUACCACUGCUGCCCCAGAGCAGGAGUCCAAAGCUGCACGCAUCGCCCGCUACAAGGCAGAGCGUCGCAGGCAACUGGCCGAACGUUACGGCAUCUCCUUGGAUCAAGACCUUGACCUGGAUUAUACGUCACGCUACACCCGCACCCGGAAAGAAUACGAUGGCUCAGAGAGCCCCAAAAGAGGAGAACCUUUAAGGGACGAAGGCAGGGAUGCCAACCUGAGCGUCUACAGUGGUGCUGUGGUCAGUAGCCCGAAGCCAGGCAGCUAUGCAACACCCCAGAGACACCCUGACCUGGUCUACGACGUGGCUCACACCAGGGUUGACUCGUUCUCCGAGCGGGAGCGGCUGAUGAACAUGGAGAACCAACGCCGAGCCGCUCCACCCGAGUCCACCUCUGCGUACAUGGAUGUAACGUCAUCGUUCUCUGCCAGGGUGCCUGCUAAAGACCCUGUGGCAUCGCUGCCACCCAGCUCACCAAAGAUGAACAGGCAUUCCUCACCCAAACAUGCCGCGUCUCCUGGGGAUAUGUUCAUCGAGCAGCAGGCACACAGCAUCCUCAGCAGGCAGGGGAGCAGUGCAGGAGCCACCCUUAGCUCUGAUUGGUUCCUCCAGACUGAUGCUGAGGGUGACACCCACUCCCUCAUCAACUGGCCUUCAAGAAUAAAAGUUAGGGAGAGGCUUGCCAGAGAGGAUGGGCACCAGAGAAAUCCAGAGCCGGAAAAGUUUACAGACAUCUCUGCAUACCACAGACAGCUUCAGCACCGACCCCAGACUUCUGCUCCAAGCCGCUACCACAGGGAGCCCGCAGGCCCCCAGCAGACCUACUUCCAGGCCUAUCAUGAUCCUCAAGGUCAUUUCAGCAGAUAUAAUCACAAAGGAGGAGAGGAUAUUGGUGGUUACCCAAGUUACCUGUCUAUGACCUCUGGUCCGACAAUCAGAGCCGAGCAGGACCAAGAAAAGCGGACCGUUCCUGAUGAGACUGAGGAAGCGGAAGGGGUGAAAACGGAGGGUCUCCUGAGGAGCAGGAAAGCCGUCUUGCCUUCAGAGAUCCGUCGUAGGGAGAGAAGUAUGGAGGACCCACAGAGAGGAAGAAGUGAGGAGGAAAUGGGAAUGUACAGCCUCAGCCAGACUCGGGAUGCUGCUCUAGAGGAGCACCCAAGAUCUGGACCAACAGCCAGAGCCAGAACAGAGAAAUGUGAGCACAGCGCCUCUCUGCACCCAACAGAGUGGAGACCUCGAGGGCAAGAAACUGUCAUUUAUGUUCACAAAGUACCGACGGCAACGCACAUCCAUCCCCAUGUAAUCCAAAGCACCCCCACCUCCAGGACUGCUGUCAACCACUUGGUGUCAGAUGUUGGUUCAAGUCAAAGGAGCACUCAGCUGCAAGACUUCAGAGAAGUCCAGGAAUGUGAUGGUGUUGGGACCAGAGAGAGUCAACAGGACCAUCGGGUGUCUGUGGCCAAGCUCAGGAACUCGUACAUGGAGAGCACUACCACGCCUCCAAGCAGGCGCAGGAACGAGCUUGAUCUUGAGGAUCCGAGUGAACAUAGGGUCUACCAGGCACCCUGGAGAGGUGCUAGAGAAAGGGGGCACCAGCCUCUGCUCUAUAUCUGUCCUGGGGAGAGUCGAAAGAUCUCAGAAAGGUUUAGGACUCAGCCUGUCACUUCUGCUGAAUGGCAGGAAACUCAUAGGUCCUGUGUGAGCUCAGACAUCGUCUCCACAGAAGCUGAUGAUGAAAAGCUGGACGAUCGAGCCAAACUGAGCGUGGCAGCGAAGCGCUCUCUCUUCAGGGAACUGGAGAAGAGCAUUGAUGGAGGAAUUCCCAAACCGCGCUCCAGGAAUGCAGCAGUGGACAGAAGACUGAGGCGGACACAGGACCGAUCCAGGACUCAGCCGGUCACCACGGAGGAAGUGGUCAUAGCAGCUACUGCCCCCUCCCAGACUGACCCGACAUCUCUAGUAUGUGCUGAUAGCUACACCCUAGUUUGCAGCAAUGCCCUCCCCUCUCACAGCCUGCAGGCGUCCCUACAGCAGAGCUCAUCAGCCCGGCACCGAGCGCCGGCUUCUCAGGAGGCCCGAGGCUCAAAGCAGGCGUCUGUGAUGGAAGGAAGAGUCGAGACGGCGGGUCAACACCCCGAGGAGCCGGACGUCUGCACCCUCAGCCUGGCGGAGAAGAUGGCGCUGUUCAACCGACUCGCUCAGCCGGCGAGCAGAGUCACCCGAACCCGAGGAGACAGCCGCCAGCGCCGAGCCAACGCUCGCUACCAGACGCAGCCCAUCACCAUGGGAGAUAUGGAACAGCUUCAGAACGGUGCAGGAGCUCUGUACAGAGCCACUUCGGCCUCCUCCGCUCCCCGACUCGGAGCCACCGUCUCCUCGGACCACGCCGGAGACAUCCACAUAGCGAGAGCCGCCGCCCGUGCCGAGCCCGACCCAACCGCGAGGUCGGCGGACGCCUCUGACCUCCGCAUGGACAUGGAGCGACUCUCUGACCGGGGGAACGACACGAUGGACCUGAAGGUGGGGAAGAGGAGGCUGCCCUCUCCCGAGACGGCGGUCAGGCAGACGGCUCUGCCCCAGCCGCACACUGGGAGAGAGAGAUGGUGGGAGGAAGAAGAACAGGAGGAGGAGGGGGAGCAGUGCUGGCAUCCCAGAGGCGGGGACAGCUCAGAGAGCCACAAGUUCCUGGACAGAGAAGAGCAGAGGCGGCAUCCAAGGGAGGAAGGACGACAUGCAGACAGCCACAGGAUCAGAGCCAUCAGUGGAGAGCUCCCAGACUCAACCGCAGUAACAUCCAGAGAUGCAUUCGGAUCGGCCAUAGCCGAGCCUCAGCCCCCAGCAGGGGGCCAGUCGCUCGGCCCGGUCCAGCUUGAUCCAGAGGAAGAGAUGGCCGACGUGACGAUUGGCCGACACAUGUCCAUUAGAGAGAGAGUCGCCUUGUUAAAGAAGAGCGGCGAGAAAGACUGGAGGAACAGGAUCAAUAAGAAGCAGGAUGUGCCGAUGGUUGCCGAGGGCGAGCAGCAAGCUCAGCUCUGGGAGGCGGAGGAGAGCUUUGGGAAGAAGGACGAUGAUUCUCUGAUGAUGACUGAGGACGUUUCUGUGUCCAAUCCGUAUCUGGAACCUGUCCUUCCUGCUGCUUCCUCUCCUCCUCCUGAUCCUCCUUUCCAUAUUUCCCUUGACGACACGGCCAGCCAGGCCACCAGAUCACCCAGACCCUUGCAGGUGGAUGACAGACACCCAUGGAGAAGGAAGAGAUCAGCAGAGGCUGAGAUGGAGAGCCAGAGCCUGGAGGCUCACAUGUCCAUCCAGGAGAGGAAGCAUCUGAUUGAGACGCAGGAGGAGGCCUGGAAGACCAAAGGUCACGGAGCUGCCAAUGACUCCACCCAGUUCACUGUGGCUGCACGGAUGGUGAAGAAAGGGCUGGCCUCUCCCUCUGCUCUUCACUCUCCCCUCCACUCCAAAUCAAAGAACAGUCUGGCUGUCUCCAAACCGCAGGAAGCAAUUAAGGCUGUUCCAGAUCUGAACCUGGAAUCGGACGUAAAGCUUGAGAAGCUCGAGUCGUUCCUUGGAAAGAUCAACAAUAAAGUGCCUGGCCUGCCAGAGGCAACCAUCUCUGUGACUGAGAAGAAAGUGAAGGAAGUGAUGACGCUGGAAGACGAAACUUUUUCUAAGUUCUACCGACACAUAGACGAACAUCCUGGCAGCACCAACAGGGUGGAGAUAGACGACGACUUUGAUGCCAUUUUUGACCCAGAGGUGCCAAAAUUGACUUCGGCCAUGGUGCAGCACAAGAGGGCGAUGCGGCCGAACCGCAACGUUCAGUCGUCGAGGAACCCGCUGAAGAAGCUGGCAGCCAGAGAGGACAUCAGACACGAGUACACAGAGCAGAGACUCAACAUCGGACUGCUGGAGAGCAAAAGGAUGAAGGUGGAGAAGAUGAACAAGAACUUUGGGUUUUCUGAAGUGGCUCUGGCCGGUUUGGCGAGCAAGGAGAACUUCAGCAGCGUCAGCCUGCGCAGCGUCAGCGUCUCCGAGCAGACGUCCAACAACAGCGCCGUGCCGUACAAGAAGCUCAUGCUGCUUCAGGUCAAAGGUCGACGGCAUGUCCAGGUCCGCCUGGUGGAGCCCAGAGCUUCCUCUCUGAACAGCGGCGACUGCUUCUUGCUCGUCACCCCGCACCACUGCUUCGUCUGGAUCGGAGAGUUCGCCAAUGUCAUCGAGAAAAGCAAAGCGUCAGAAUUGGCCAACUUCAUCCAGACUAAGAGAGACCUGGGCUGCCGAGCAGACUACGUCCAGAUGAUAGACGAAGGCGCCGGCGAACACAGCCAUGCAGUCCAGGAGUUCUGGAAGUGUCUCGGAGGACAGUCCAAUUAUCAGUCAGCAGGAACGCCAGACGAAGACGAGCUGUAUGAAGCCGCCAUCGUGGAGACAAACUGCAUCUACCGCCUGAUGGGUGACAAGCUCGUCCCAGACGACGACUUCUGGGCCAAAAUGCCCCGCUGCACACUCCUCAACCCCAAAGAGGUUUUGGUGUUUGACUUUGGCAGUGAGAUGUACAUCUGGCAUGGGAAGGAAGUGACUCUGGCGCAGAGGAAGGUUGCUUUCCAGCUGGCCAAGCAUCUCUGGAACGGCACCUUCGACUACACAAACUGUGAUAUCAACCCACUGGACCCAGGAGAGUGUAACCCACUCAUCCCAAAAAAAGGCCAGGGCCGGCCCGACUGGGCAGUGUUUGGCCGCCUGACUCAACACAAUGAGACCACCCUGUUCAAGGAGAAGUUUCAGGACUGGAGUGACUCCAGGAAGACGCCCAGUCCCAGCACAACAAACGACGACGUCGCGGACCACAAGGAGCAGCCUACUUCAGAUCACCCCCGUGCAUUCAAUGCAUCCUUGAUGCUUCCGCUCCAUCAAGCGGCAGUCUGUACCGUUUUAGACGGGUUCAAUGUGGGGCGGGGCUACGGCCUGGUGGAGGCCGAGGAGUGGCGGAGCUACGAGAUCAGCACUCUGGCAGUGGAGGUGUGGCACAUCCUGGAGUUCGACUACAGCCGUUUGCCCCGCCAGAGCAUCGGCCAGUUCCACGACGGCGACACCUACGUGGUCAAGUGGAAAUACAUGGUCAGCGCUGCAGUUGGGAAGAGACAGAAUCCAGAGCAUCAGAAGACCGCCGGAGCUGGGAAGGAGAAGUGUUGCUACUUCUUCUGGCAGGGCCGCAACUCCACCGUCAACGAGAAGGGAACGUCGGCGCUGAUGACGAUGGAGCUGGACGAGGAGCGGGGAGCUCAGGUUCAGGUCCUGCAGGGGAAGGAGCCGCCAUGUUUCCUUCAGUGUUUCAAAGGGGGAAUGAUUGUCCACUCAGGGAAAAGAGAAGAGGAGGAGGAAAGUUUACAAAAUGAUUGGCGUCUUUAUUGCGUGCGUGGUGAGGUGGAGGUGGAGGGCCACCUGCUGGAGGUGGCUUGCCACUGCAGCAGUCUGCGUUCCAGAGUCUCCAUGGUUCUGCUGGGUGUCAGCCAGGCCCUCAUUUACUUGUGGCACGGCUGCAAAUCCCAGACACACACUCGGGAGGUGGCACGCGUCGCCGCCAAUAGGCUCAAAGAACAUUGUCCUCUGGAAACGGGGCUGCACAGCAGCAGCAGAGUGACGAUAUGGGAAUGUGACGAAGAAGCGGAGCCAGCGGGGUUCUGGGAAGCCCUGGGCAGAAGAGACAGGAAGGCCUACGACUGCAUGCUUCAUGAUCUCGGCAGGUUUAACUUCACGCCUCGUCUGUACCAGCUGAGCAGCAGCUCUGGAGAGUUUACAGCCGUGGAGUUUCUGUACCCAGCCAGAGACCCGGAGCAGGUCAACUCCAUGCCGUUCCUCCAGGAGGAUCUCUAUGGAGCCUCACAGCCAGCCCUGUUCCUGGUGGACAACCACCACGAGGUGUACCUGUGGCAGGGCUGGUGGCCUCAAGACAGCGAAAGCACCGGAUCGGCCCGAAUCCGCUGGGACUCUGACAGAAAGAGCGCCAUGGAGACGGUGCUGCAGUAUUGCAGAGGGAAGAAUGAGAAGAAGCCUCCAAAAGGCUACCUGAUCUACGCCGGUCUGGAGCCGCUCACCUUCACCAACAUGUUCCCCUGCUGGGAGCACCGGGAGGACGUGUCCGAGAUCACAGAGAGGGAGGCUGAGGCGUGUAACCAGAUCAUCCUGGUGGAAGACGUGUUGGCCCGCCUGUGUAAGACCACCUACCCGCUGGCAGAGGUCCUGGCCCGGCCGCUGCCCGACGGCGUCGACCCGCUGCACCUGGAAGUCUACCUGACCGACGAAGACUUUGAGGGUGCAAGGGCUUAUGGGAAGAGAGCCCUGGACAUGAGCAGGGAGGAGUACGGCGCUCUGCCCGGGUGGAAGCAGGUCAACCUGAAGAAAUCCAAAGGACUCUUCUGAAGGGUGACGUUCAGCCUUCUUUUCUUUUUUUUUUUUUUAUUUGUUUGCAUCAUCGUUUCUACGCUCACGCACCAGACACUCGGGAGCAGCUCCUCCCGAGCCAAAGCGUAACCGCGGAGGAGAGGCGCGUCAGCCUCUCACGCCGUUGAUCUCCAUCCUCUCUGCGCCCCGGUUGGGUGUGCUGAGGGAGCGGUGCGGGGUGCUGGGAUCUCUGUGUUAAUAGUGCUCCUUUCUAAUGACACUGUUAAUGACUGUACAUAUGUAGCAUAUGGAAAGCAGCCUGGGUCCUUCCACUGGCAGCCUUACAGCCAUCUGUUGGAGUGGAGGCAGGUCUGUCAGCCUGUUGGACACAUUCCACUUCAGACUCUGCUAGAUAUGGAUGUUUGUGCAUUGCUAAAUAUAUAUAUUAAUAUUAAAACCACAGAGGAAUUAUAAAAAAAAAUAAUAAACUUUAGAUAUCAAAAAUAAAAUGUAUAUUAUUGCUGCAAAUCUUUGUGUCAUACGUGUGUAAGUUGAGGUCACCUUCUACUAACCCGACGAAUCGGCUUUGAAUGCAGCAUUUUUAUCCCGGAGAACACGAGCUUUGAUUCCAGAAGGCAGCCUGACUGUGACUUCAGUGGACAGUGCCUUGCUUCAUGUACAGUUUAUACACAUCCUGUUCUGGAUUUUCAACUUUGUUUGUGAUGAGAACCAACCAAUAAAGAAAUAAAGAGAUGAAGUUUGAUAUUGA